UAAAUAUAUAAAAUUUAAUAGAUAAUUUCUGCGAAAGUAAUUGAUGUUAUGACAGUAUCUCAAGUACCAACUCUCAAACCAAAAUUUUUUUUUGGUCUUACAACUGGCGUGACCGGCAAUUGUAUGUUCAUUAACAAAAACGAAAUUGUUUAUCCAGCUGCUGGAUUAAUUAUCGCACAUAAUUUUACUCAAAAUUCUCAACGAUUUUUACAUUUAUCAGAACCACAAAAUACUAUUACAGCAAUGGAUAUAUGUAUAACCAAAAACCUUUUAGCAGUGGCUGAUAAAGGUGAACAGCCAACUGUAUGUUUGUAUGAUUUAGAAACGUUUAAAAAGAAACGAGUAAUGCCUACCCCUGCAGGUCUUGUCGGUAAUUCAUUCGUGCAAAUCAAGUUUACCUGCGAUGGUUCAUAUUUAGCAGUUUUGUCUGAAGGUCCUGAUUAUUUUAUGUACUAUUACGAUUGGUUGCGUUCAAAAAUUGAAAAUGAAAUGAAAGCAAUUAAUCCACCUGAUAUUGUUGGACCGGUUUUUGAUAUGGUACCAAAUCCAGUCGAUCCACGAAUAAUGUGUUUUGUGGGUAAAAGACUUUUUCGGUUAAUGAUGUUAGGUGAUUUAACGUGGAAGCAGUAUGGGUUUCAAAAAGCCGAUAACUUUGAAAUAACCACAGCAUGCUGGUUGACAAAAAAUACAGUUUUGGCCGGUACGGUAGACGGAAGAUUAAUAUUAAUCGAUGAUGGUGAUCUAAAAGCUAUUUAUACCGUUCAGAAUCUCAUUGAUCUGGAUCCCACUAUCAAGUUAAAAAAUCCUGCAGAUGUAAUGUCAAUUUUGCCUAAAGAUGAAAAAAAAGUGGACAUAAAGUGUUGUAUUUCCUUUGAUAAAGGAAUUUUGUUUAUGGUCGGCAACUUCGAAGUGUAUUAUUACGAAUUAAAAAUUGAUGGAAGGUACAAAAAACGCCAUGUAUUAACUUUAAUAGAUAAUAAUGAAUUAGGACAAAAGGACUCCUUGAACGUUAUUGAAACUAUAUGUCUGAACAUAGAAAAUGACACUGUAGCGUGUAUCACUAAGCUUUCCCAAAUAUAUUGGGUAAAAUUUAUUGGAAAAGAGGACAUGAUAUUGAAGUUCUUGCCAUUAGGAGUGAGACUCCAUCAUGGUUGUAUAUCUAAUCUAUCUGUAUGCAAAUGGAAACCAUUUUUUAUGACUUGUGGAAAAGAAGACCGCACUAUUAAAAUGUGGAAUUAUUUAGAAUGUACAUUGAUAUUCACUGAAUUAUUUGAUGAAGAUGUUCUGAGUUUAUCUUUACAUCCUACUGGUUUGUACUGUGUAACGUCAUUUCGGAGCAAGGUGGUUUUUCAACUAGUUCGUCCCAAAAGUUUAAAUAUUUGGCGAAAAUUUCCAGUGAGAGAUUGUCCCAUUGUGCAGUUUAGCUCAUCAGGCCACAUGUUCAGUAUUAUCAACAACUUAAAAGUGGAAAUUUAUUGUUCUGUGACUUUUGAAAAACGUUUUGAAUGCAUAGGGCAUACAGAUAUUAUUACUUGUAUGAACUGGUCUGCACAUGACUGGAAGUUGUAUACUUGUGGCUCCGAUGGGGCAAUUUAUCACUUCAACUUAUAUACAGGGGAAAUGGUCUUAAAUGUGUUACAAAUUGAUCAAAAAUUCAAAGAACUAACUGUAUCAAGUGAUAGUAAACAAAUAUUUCCUACUGCUUCAGAUGGCAGGAUUCGGGAAAUAUAUAACAACACUAUAAUAAGAAAUAAAGAAAUGGAUUCCUUUCAACUUUCCGGAGCAGUAGUGUUGUCAAGAUCAGAUUCAAUGCUCUUCUAUGCUCAAAAAAAUGGUGUUAUUUUAUCUUUAUUAUUGCCAUUAAGAAGUACACUAAUGUAUAAGGAAUUUCAGGCACAUAAUUCGAUAAUAACUAAGAUUAAACUAUCAAUUGACGACUCAGUUCUUCUUUCAACAUCGAUCGAUGGAAGUAUAUGUAUUUGGGAUAUAGUUGAUGCUCAGGGUAUGAUGGCAUCUAUGAAUGAUGAUUUUGCUUACUCAGAAGAGUUAUUAAUGUCAUCCUCAACUAUGAAAGAAAAGAUAAAUUAUAUUGAACACCUUAAAACAAAAGAACAAGAAUUAAAAAGACAAAGAGAGUAUACAAUAUCAGAAUUACAGAAAACUAAAAAUAAACGUGUUUUAGAAUUGCAAGAAACUCAUUCUAAACGAUUAGAACAGUUAGAGAGCCUCAAAAAUAAGAGAAAUCUUCGAUUUGAUACUCAAAAAGGAAGUCUUGAAGAUGAAAUUAACAAAGUUAAAGAAUUCAACGAUAAAGAAAUUAAAUCAUUAGAUGUAAAAUAUAAUGAUGCAUUAAUGGUGGAAUACGAAAAAUAUGCAAAAUUAGAGGAAAAAACGUUUAGAGUACAUGAGGAAAUUGAAAGGAAAAUAAAAGAGUUGACGGCCAUAGAAACUGCAAAAUUACAAGAAAUAAAAGAUCAAUUCGAUCGAAAUGUGGCAGAAAAAGAGAAAGUUGUUUUACAAGUAAAAGAAGAUUAUGCAAAAGAAAAACAGGAAAUUUAUUUAAAAAUUGAUGCAAUUGAAGACAACCACGAAAGAAAUAAUUUAGAAAGAGAUAUAACUUCGAUUGCUAAAUUGAAGCAACUAAAGAAAAUUAAUACAAAUCUUAACAAAGAUCUCGCUAUCUACAUACAAAAAUCUAAAGUUUCAAUUAAAAAAGCCGAAGAUUACUCUAAAUUAGUUACUAAGUAUAUUGAAGAUAUUGAAAAAACAAAAGCUAAACAUAAAGUUGAAGAAGAGCUAAUAAAUGUGUAUCAGGAUCAAUUAAAAAUUCAAAAAGACAUGAUAGAUAAGAUAGAUGCUGCAAUAUCAGAUGGGAAAUUAAAGCAAAGUCGUGUAGUAAAAGAGAUUAUGAUAUUAAAAAUCAGUCAAAAUGAACAAAUACUUAUGAUUGAACCCCUGAAGUCUUUGAUGAAAGAAAGAAACGAAGCUUUUGAAGGGGUAACUCAUGAAUUAGAUGAUAGAUCACGAGCUAAAUCGCGCACAGAAUUUGCACUAAGAAAUCAAAGAGAUUCAAUUAAACAAGCCACUAGAAAUGUAAAGAUAAAGGAAAGUAUGGUUAGAAAAGUUUAUGCAUUCCUUAGAAAUAUAAGAAUAGAUAUUCAUUAUGUAUAUGAGUGUUCCGAUAAUCAAGUUAAGCUGAAAGAGUCUGUUAAGAAUCUUUUCCACAAGUACCAUAGAGUUCAAGCAAACGAAGGAUCUCUUGUAAAAGAAGGUGCUUUUGCAGAGAUGUUAAGACAGAGACAAUUUUUAGAGCGCUCUCUUCAUAGUUUAAGAAAUCGGAUCUCAGUAUGUGAUCAAAAAAUUAAUACAGAUAAAAAAAUUGUGGAGGACAAUGUCACUCUUUUAGAGACAGUUAAUAAGUUAAGAGAAGAUCUUGUUGUAAAUCAAUCGAAGUAUAAUACUCUUAAUCGUAUAAUAGGAUCAGGUGAUAAUAAAUUAUUGACACCUAAACAAGCAAAACAUUUAUUAGAAAAAGUCAAUAAAAAUGUCGAUGAAAUGCGUGAAAAUUAUAUAGAUCAAAUUAAAAAGCUCCAGUCAAAAGUUAAGUAUCUACAACUUGAAUUGAUUCAAAUAAAAUCCGAAAAAAAUUUGUAGCUAAAAAUUGGAUACUAAUUGUUCUCGUGUAUUUUAUUAAUGUGCGCUAAAGUUU